GUUUCCUAGUAACUGUUGUGAAAGUUUCCUAGCAAGUCGAUGGCCUCCUUGCUGGGUCAGUCAAUGGACUCCCAAUUAGAAAUCUUUUGUUAUAUAUUGAAGAAGAAUAUGUUCUCCUUUAUCUCCACCAAGGGUCUUUGCAUCCCUGGAUAUCACCAAUUACAGAUUAAGAGAGAAUUUUGUUUUGCAUACUAAUCUGCUCUGUUGUGAUCUUCUUGUUUCGAUUAGGAUUGAUACAAGUUUUCUGCUUUUUGGUCUGAAAGUUUUCUAAUUUUGCCGGAGUGGAGGGGAUUGUUUAUCUCAAACACUUCAUAUCAAUUUGGGUUUUGUGUCUAGCCUGAUCACCAAUAUAGAGGUUGUUGUAUAGUAUCAAGAAUGGACAACCUUGCUGCAGGGGGUGCCAUGGGAGUACCAUUUAAUGUGCUCUAUGAAGUCAUUAAGGAAGUGGUGGUCAAGACUAAGAUGUUUAAGCCUCUCCUCAAAGAUCUUGACUUAACGAUAGACUUGUUGAAACCACUGAUCGAUGAGAUGGAAAAGUGCAAUAAGGUGUUGGAUGAUCCAGAUAAUGAACUUAAAGGAAUUAAAGUACAAAUGCAGAAGGGUGCAGUGCUCAUUCCCAAAUGCUCUGAGGUUAGAUUGUGGAAUAUUUACAAACAGUAUAAAUACACCAACGAACUUCUUGGAUUAAAAAGCUCUCUUCGGAGUUUUUAUGAGAUAUUGCAUGUGCAAGUAGCAAGAGAUGUGAAGAAGACGCGGGUUGAAUUAGGACAUAUAGGGACCAUUGUCCAGGAUACUCAUACAACAAUACUGGAAUUUGCAGAGAAUGUGCAACAGAACCUGGUUAUACAUACCGCGGUAAAGGUUCAAGGUUGGGGUGCAGUACCGGUAGGUGCACCAUUUACAGUUGGAGUGGAUAUACCUUUGAGGGAAUUGAAGACUAAGCUUCUCAAGGAUGAGAAAGUAACAAUGCUUGUGCUCACUGCUCCAGGAGGAUGUGGGAAAACCACUUUAGCAAUAAAGUUUUGUGAAGAUUACGAAGUCAAAGACAAAUUUAAGGAGAAUAUCUUUUUUGUCACUGUCUCAAAGAAGUCCGAUGACCGUGUUGUAAAAGAGCUUUAUGACUGCAGGGGUUUUGAAUUUCCUACUUUGCACAACGAAGUUGAUGUGGUUAAGUGGCUACAGCAAUUCCGGAUUGAAGUAGGAAAGAAUCCUGUACUUUUUGUCUUGGAUGAUGUUUGGUCUGGAUCGGAAUCCCUUCUUCAGAAGUUUGAUGAUUUCAAAUUGCCAAAUUCCAAGAUUUUGGUGACAUCAAGAUUUAGAUUUCCAAGAUUUGGUUCUCAAUAUAUUCUAGAACCGUUGAAUAUUGAAGAUGCAGAAAGUCUUUUCAAACAUUCAGCAUCCUUGGGAGAUCAGAGCUGUAAUGCUCGUGAAGAUAUUAUGAGAAAGAUAAUAGAGCAUUUCAAAGGAUCUCCACUUGCCAUUACAGUGGUUGGAAGAUCUCUUUGUGGAAAACCUGUAGAGUCCUGGCUGAAAAGAGCAUCUACACUAAAAGGUGCUUCUAUUCUUAAUUAUGAGGCUAGAUUGCUAGAUGGCCUUCAGAGUUGUUUAGACGCCUUUAAUGAAGAAGAACAUAUCUUGAAGGAAUGCUUCUUAGACCUGGGUUCAUUUCCUGAAGACCAAAGGAUCUCUGCUGCUGCUCUCAUUGAUAUGUGGGCAGAACUAUAUAAGCUAGAAGAUUUUAAGUCCAUUGCGAACCUGCACGAGCUUGCCGCUCGAAGUCUGGCUAAUCUUCUAAUCACAAGGAAGGAGAAGAAGGAGGCAGAUGGGUACUACAGUGAACACUUCAUUACUCAGCAUGAUUUGCUUAGACAGUUGGCUAUCUACCAGCCAAAGCUAGAUGCAAAUAAUAAAAGACGGAUCAUAGACAAAUGGGGAGACAAUCUACCUGAGUGCUUGACAGGACAGAAGCAUCAACCCAUCAAGGCCCGCCUAUUAUCUAUCUCCUCCGAUGGAGUGUUCUCGACAAAUUUGGACAACAUUGAACUGGCAGAGGUUGAAGUUCUAGUUUUGAAUUUUGACACACAGAACUAUGCUUUACCCGAAUUUGUGGUUAAGAUGGACAAACUGAAGGUUUUAAUAGUCACAAAUCAUGGUUUUUUACCUGCUGAAUUGUGCAACAUUCAACUGCUGGGUUCUUUGUCAAAUCUGAGGAGAAUCAGAUUAGAGCGCAUUUCAAUUUCUUCCAUAACCAAGAAUCUCAUACAGUUGAAGAGUGUAAAGAAGAUAUCUCUAUUCAUGUGCAACAUUGGUCAAGCUUUCAGCAAUUGUUCCCUUCAAAUAUCAGAUGCAUUGCCAUAUUUAGAGGAAAUGAACAUUGACUACUGCAAUGAUUUGGUGGAGUUGCCUGCCGCUCUCUGUGCUCUGGUUAACCUAAAGAAGCUCAGCAUAGCCAACUCGCAUAAGCUAUCUGCCUUGCCUGAAGAGAUUGGAAAGCUGGUCAAUUUAGAAGUAUUGCGGCUAAGGUCUUGUACAGACUUGGCAAAGUUGCCAGACUCAACUAGGAACCUAAAGAAGUUAAAGUUUCUAGACAUAGCUGAUUGCUUCAGCAUUCGGGAAUUGCCUGAAGACUUUGGUGGAAUGACCAGUUUAAAGGAGAUCAACAUGAGAAAGUGUUCAAGAUUGCAAGAGCUGCCUUCAUCGGUUUUGGAUCUUGAGCAGUUACAGGAAGUGGUAUGUGAUGAAGACACAGGUGAUUUAUGGGAACUCUUCUCACCCCAUCUCAGAAACCUCCAUAUAACGCUGGUCGAAGAGAAUGUCAACCUGAAUUGGCUACAUAAGCUUCAAUAAUUUUUUAGACCUGUUUUUCCUUGAUAAAUUUUAAUGCAAACGUAUCCGUGAUGUAUACAAUACAAUUUGUACUUCCAUUUUACGAUUUUUUUUCUCUUUGAUUUUGAGACCUGUAUUUCCUCAAUAAAUGAUAAAAACCUUU